AUGUUGCAGUCACAGUCAGAUAGAAUUCAUUCUAAUGCUGCCAACGGGGCCAAACAAAGAAAAAUUCCCACAAUUGAACCACUAGAUGCUACACCACCACAAGUUGCAACUUGUGAAAUAAGAGCAGCUGGCGCUGCUGUAAUGGAAAUUCCAUCAUCAUCAUCCAUUAUGACUCCCAGGUCACGUAGUAGUGCAGUAGGUGGUAGUGUAGUUUGGAAUUUUUAUUCUGUCGAUAAACUAGAUCAAAGUAAAGCAACAUGUAAAAUAUGUAAUAAAAAAAUAAGUCGAGGAAAAGCAGGAAGUAAUUUGGGAACCACUUCCUUGCGGUCUCAUAUGAAUAGUAGACAUAAAGUGAUAUGGGACAGAUAUUUAAAUAAAAAUCUUGCUUUAUCCACAGCAAGAAAUACUAAUGUUAUGCUACCACCUACUGCCAAUGAUGAUGGCUUUAAUAACACCAGUAGAAGUUCAUGCAGCAGCAGCAAUCAACUUUUAUCAAAUUUAGUGCCAAGUUCUGGGAGUACAGCAGUGUCUAAGCGACAGAGUACUUUACAAGUUGCUUUUGAGAGUGGUCAAAAAUAUCCCCCAAACCAUGAACGUGUUCGCCAAAUUAAUUUUAAAGUUGCAAAAAUGCUUGCAAUCGAUAUGCUUCCUUUUAAAUUUGUUGAAGGUCAAGGCUUUCGGGAAUUAAUGCAAUCAGUGGUUCCCCGUUGGCAAAUCCCGAGUCGUCAUUAUUUUUCACGAAAAGGUGUUCCAGAAAUUCAUAAAAUUGUUUUACAAAAUGUUGGCAAACAAUUAGAAAUGUCAGAGUGUAACAAAGUUCAUAUUACAACUGACAUGUGGACAAGUCCACAGGGUGCAGACUAUAUGACUGUGACUGCACAUUGGGUAUCAUUUGCCGUAAGUAAUGACUCUAAUGAGUAUGUUUCCUCAAGGCCAAUGCGACGCAUAUCUUAUCGUAAGCAUGCAACACUGUGCAUGAAUAGUUUUGAACGAAAGAAUCACAAUGCAGCUAAUAUUCUUGAUAAGCUGAAUGAAGUAAUAAAUGAUUGGUUUUUGCCACGCAGCCUCACGGUUGGUUUUGUGUCUUCAGACAAUGGCUCUAACAUUGUUUGUGCACUCAAGAAUGGACAAAUGAUACAUGUGCCUUGUUUUGCACAUAUAUUAAAUUUGGUUGUUAACAAAUUUCUUUCAGAUUCAACACAUAUUCAUGACAUGUUGAAUGCUUCACGAAAGAUAUGCUCGCAUUUCCACCGUUCCUACCAUGCCCAAAAUUCGUUACUAACAUUACAAGAAAACAAUAAUUUGCCACGCCAUCAACUCAUAAUUGAUGUUUCUACGCGAUGGAAUAGCACGUUUGACAUGCUUCAACGCCUUUAUGAACAACGAAAGGCAAUAAUUGAAUACCUUAUGACUUUAAGAAAAACAUUAGAUGGAGUCCAUUUGACUUCGGCACAGUGGCAUCUUAUGAGUGAUGUGUGCAAGGUUCUUCAGCCGUUUAAAGAGGCAACAUUAAUGGUAAGUGAACAAGAUGCAAGCCUUAGUCAGGUCCUUCCAUUAAUUUCGCUUCUUGAAACUAGACUGAGUUCCUUGCAUCAAGUGCAAGAUAACUGUUUAUCUGAUUCUGCUGAAGAUGAGAAUGAUAUAGAGUUGUUUGAUCUUGCUCAGCUUGGAAGAAAAUUAAUUUUGUGUUUGUUGAAAGAUCCAAGGAUCAUCUCCAUCAAAAAAAGAGAUGAGUACCUUCUUGCUACUCUGUUGGACCCACGUUUUAAAGGUCAGAUGUAUAAUUUUGUUGAUGGAAAAGAACAUACGGUUGAGAGAUGCAAGGGAGUACUCAUCUACAAAGUAAAGCAAGAAAUUGAAAUUAAUCGGCGAGCAAACUCAAACAACUCUACAAAUCAGUCUAGCAGCAGUUGCACUGGUAGUGGUCGGACUUCUUUCCCAGAUUGUAACAGUUCUGAGUCUGACUCAAUAUCUGACAAUUCAGUGUGCGGCGGUAAUUCCACUAACUCAUUGUGGGGUCUUUUUGGCAAAUAUGGCAUUAUGGCUACAGGUCAAGAUGCAAGAUUACAUGAAGACAAUCAGUGUUCUGCAGUGCAAAUGGUAACUGCAUAUAUGUUGGAUAACACUUUUAUAGAGCCUCGUUCUGACCCAUUGAGUUACUGGAAAUCCAAAAAAAUAUUAUGGCCUGAAUUGUCACAUAUUGCCUUUCAAUAUUUAAGUUGUCCCCCAACGAGUGUUCAGUCAGAGCGUGUGUUUAGUGCUGCUGGUAGUGUUGUGACUGAUCAUCGAAAUAGACUAUCUAAUGUAAAUGUUGACCGUUUAACAUUUCUCAAAAUGAAUCAACACUGGAUACCAGAACAACAUCAGUUGGAGGCUAUCAGACAAAACACUACCGGCAGCAGUGAUACAGACGACGAUGAUCCCUCAGAACAAAGACCAAUUGUGUUUGCGGUGGAUACAAAUAUGUAA